CUAUCUACAUCCUAUACUGUUAUCGGGCCACUUGUCGGCGUUCGACCGUUUUCCACGCGGAGCAGUUUGUUUUGUUCGCGUACCGACGGCGGUUGUACGAAAAAUUCGACGAUCACACGGCGGAAUCGAAAAAUAUAAAACUCAAAAACCGCACCGUCUUAAAAAAAUUAUCGUGUCACACGAGAACAGCAUCGAUUAGACGGAAUAACCAUGACAGUGGUGAGUGCGCAAAACGCCCUGGCAAAAGCCGCAGCCAAAUUGGAGAAACACAUCAACCUGUUGAAGUACACGAUAUUCUGUCUGAGCGUCGUGAUAUUUAUCAUGGGAAUAUUUUUAUGGGGUUACGUCGUGUACUCGAGGCUUGACACGACCCUCCAAGAAUGGGUCGACGCACUUGAAAUCUGGCAAGUUUAUUUGGGAAUGUACGUGUUGAUAUUUGCGUCAAUUGUGGUGAUCAUAGCUCCGUUUUUGUCAUGUUUUGCAGUCUAUCAGGAACUCAGUCAACUACUCAUGGCAAACGCUGGUGUGCAUUUGUUUUCGUUUUUUGUCCUGUUAUUGGGAUCCGCUGUAUUGCUCGAAAACACCACGACGGGAUCUGGAAUCGUAUCGGAGAUCAGAGAAAGUAUGAUGAACUUGAUAAUGCAAUCGCAAAAUGAAUACGCUUCAAACACUCUGAACAUGAUCCAAGAAUCUAUCGGAUGUUGCGGAGCAGAUGGACCCAACGACUAUUUGUCGCUGAGAAAAGCGUUGCCCACCGAGUGCAGGGACACGGUAACCGGUAACGCGUUCUUCUACGGCUGUGCUGACGAAGUGACCUGGUUCUUGGAGGACAAAUCCCGGUGGACGACCAACAUAGCCAUAUCGAUAGCUGCUUUGGAGAUGCUCAUAUCCGUUCUUAGCGUGAUUUUAGUGAGGGCUUUGCAAAAGGAAGAAAAAUUCAACUACAACCGAUGAUGAAAAAAUGUCAAUUAGUUGUCUUUUUCCACAUUGUAAAAUAACAUUUAUUAGCUGUUUUUAUUUUCACAUACAGAAAUCAUGCGAUUUCGAUAAAAAAUUAUUAUUAUUUAAAACAACACAUUUUUCUACUAAUAUCACUAAUAUUAUUAAUGUUUUUACUACCUAUUGUGUAAAAUAGUUAUAAUAUACUACGUCUUUGCGAAAA